AUGCAAUCUAACAAGCUAUCGCGCAACUUUGCGCCAGUCCUAUUGUUUUCCCAUGGUACUACGAUGCUCACGGGUGAGGAGUCCCAUGUACGUGACUACUGGAGAUACCACGGAGACAAAGCUCUCAAAUAUCCUGUCAAAGGGAUUAUCAUGAUGGGAGCUCAUUGGGAGGUUGGCGGACGGAGAGUACAUGUGGCUGCCAAUCCAGACCCUAAGCCAGAGCGGAUUGGUAUGGUCAAAUCAGCAACAUGGAUUCAUCAUGUUGCGAACCCAGACAUACCAACGGCGCAUAGAUGCGUUGAGUUGCUCAGGGAUGCAGGUUUUGACGCGAUUGCCGACACGCAAUUCAACUGGCUGAUCGACACCUUUCCCAUGCUGAUAAGAAUGUUUCCAGGGGGAAUGCCUCCAGUUACGAUCAUCUCCUUGAAUUCCUUCUUCGAGCCACACUUCCAUCUCGAGAUCGGACGAGUCCUAAGGCCCUUACGACAAGAGGGGUACUUAUUCAUAGGGUCUGGUGGAGGUGUGCACAACUUGUACCGCACGGACUGGAAGUACAACGCGAUCUACAGAGACAAUUUCGCCCAGGAAAAACCACCAGAUGCAACCCACCUAGAAUUCAGACAAGCUCUAGAGGAUGUCAUUUGCAAAAACGGCGGCGGCCCAGAGCUAAAGCGUGGAGUUAUCCGCCUCAUGAAGCAUCCGAACUACCGCGAUGCUCACGGCACCGAUGAUCACUACAUGCCCACCUGCUUCGUGGCAGGACUGGUUGGUGAGGAAGAAGAUCGUGGCGAGAAAGCUGUUUUGGGGGCAGAAGUGUGGGAAUUGUACGGACACCCGCCAGAGGUCCUGAAGGCAGAGGAUGGUCCAGAGCCGGACGAGCCAGGUCCUGGCCAGGUGGUUGUAAAAGUCAACAAGAGACCAAUCCACAACGGGGAUCUGCUCGUGGUCUCUGGAGGCCACGAUCCGAUCAAACGUGAACUUCCGACGAACGGGUACACCCCUGGUUGCGAAGGUGUGGGCAUCAUCAGAGCUCUCGGGCAGGGAGUUGAAGAUGAAUUUGGGCUCCACAUUGGAGAUAGAGUGUCAUUCUUUUCCUUAGGAAGCUGGCAGGAACUGGCCUUGGUCGAGGCAGAGUACGUGACAGUGGUGCCACACGAUCUAGAGGAUGAGGUUGCGGCUCAACUCUUCAUCAACCCUGUCGCGGCCAUGAUGCUCGCACGCCUCGUGGAAGAAAUCGCAGCGCAUCCACAAGCUGGGGUCUUGAAAAUAGCUGCAGUCAAACACGUCGUGGAAGAUUUGACCGCAUCAAAAAUGGAAGCUGGUGUUGUCCUUUUGACGGUGGCCGGAUCAACCGUGGCGAGAUUGGCGGCUGCAACCCUCAAGGCAAAAGGUUUCACUCCCAUUGGUCUCGUUCGAUCGGCAACAUCGGCAAAAGCGUUAGAGAAAGCGACAGGUAUUGAUAUGAUCGGGUUCGAUGGCGAAAAUUGGCAACAGGAAGUCCGCAAAGCUGCGGCUGGGCGUAGAAUAUUUGCAGCCAUGGAUGCCGUUGGGGGGAAAAUCGGAGCGGAAGUGUUAAGCCUUUUGUCACCAGCGGGUACUCUUAUUAGCUAUGGAUCAUUGACAGGCGAGCCGAUUCCUGUCGACCAUGUUCAUCUUUGCAUGACGGCGAAAAGGAUUUGUGGCAUUGGAAUGGUGCAUUGGACGCAGUUGUCAUACGAGACGCGUGCUGCUGACAUGGUGAAGCUGGUACAAAUGGUCAAGGAGAAUCGCCUGUUUUUCAAAGUCGCUGGGGAGUUCCACUUAUCAGAUAUCUCCGAAGCUAUACACCUUUUUCGAAAGCCUGGACGUGAUGGUACGGUCCUACUCAUAAACUAG